UUGGGGGGGGGGGGUGUCUGAAUUGGAUCUGUAGUUGAAAGGGUUUUUUUGUUUGUGUGAAGAGGGAGACAAAAAUAACCUGCUUGGGUUGUAAGUUGGUCGGGGCCUUUAAUUUCAACAGUUCGGAUAGCCUGAUGAUUUUACCUGUGACUUUUUAACCUCUGUUGUUCUGUCCUGGUUGUGAGCUUUCACAUGCGAUUGCGGGUGGUGGUAGUGGGGAAAGUACCUUGUCAUUUGUGCAUGGUACCUCCAUGUUAACUGAGCACUCUUUACCAGCAGCUUAUAAAAAAGAUUGAUUUGCUCUACUUGAUUUCUCAAAGUUUUCUACAUUUGCUGCUUCAAAAGAUGCCUGCUGCAGCUCUUCAAGCAAUGUGGUUGCAAAACAAUGUCAGUUUGAGGAAACUUAGCCAAGGAAGAUAGAUAUGACUGUGCUGCCAUUUUUUAACUGUUAAGGUUUGGAGUCUCCCAGAAUGCUGAGCAUAACCCGGUUAGCCCUGGGCACCAAGAUUAUAGGAUUGUCUUUGCGUGGCAAGGCCUCCCUUGCUGCCACAAUGGUGAAAUAUCGGAAGAUGUGGAAGCCAACAGAACCACAGAACUGGGCAGUGGAUUAUCAGGAGAAAUACAUCCCGUUUUCCAAGAAUCAACUGGUUGAAGCCCUGGUAAAGACACUCUAUACACCUAUUGAUCCUGAUCGGGACACAUUGCAGGAAUUCUGUUUGACAGAUGCCGAACGGUUAAUAAAAGAACAGAGAGUUUUGGCCAAGAUGGAACCACUAUUGGAUCAGGCCAACUUCAACAAGUUGUCAGAAGAAGCACUGGCUUAUGCACUAAUUGUCAAUCACCCUCAUGAUGAAGUCCAGGUGACAGUGAAUUUGGAUCAGUACGAAUACAUCACCUUCUGGGCUCUUGGCCAACGGAUAGGACCUCUGCGGGUGAUGGCUGCAACUCGAGCCCAGAGGACGGACUUCUUCAGCACUGCUCGGAUUCCUGCAGACAGGCAUUACUUCAAACGAGUUAUAGUGGCUGCCCGAUCCAAGAAUGCCCAUCUGGUGCUGAAAUGCUUUAAGGACAUCCCUCUGGAAGGUCUGGAGCAGCUGCUGCCCUUGGUCAAAGUCCGCACCUCCAUCUUCCACAGAGCUCUGCUCAACACCAUGCUGGUUGUGAGUGGCUUGGCCCUCUUUGUAAAUGUGGGCAUGGUGGUGCUCUCUGACCUCAAGAUAGGCACCACCACCCUACUCUUCUUCUUUGCUGCCUUGAUGGCCUUCCGGGCUUGGAAGGUCUUUGGCCAGCGGAGGAACAUCCACUCUCUCGAACUGGUGCAUAUGUUGUACUACCGCAGCACCUCCAAUAACUCAGAGCUUUUGGAUGCCCUCACCCUGCGUGCCCAGGAGGAGCACGCCAAGGAAGUCAUCUUGGCACACAGUUUCCUCCUGCGCUGCCACCAGCAACAACAGCAGCCCUUGUCAAAGGAGGCAGGUGUUGAGAGAGACUCCAAUCCUGUUGAACAUCUGAGGAAACAGGUUGAGGCUUGGUUGCGCCUGCGCUCUGGGCUGGAAAUUAACUUCUGUGCCGAACGUGCCUGGAAGCAUCUCAAGGAAUUGGAAGUCAAGGGAGCAGCCCAUCCUGUCAUUGGAUAAGAGCUUCCUCGGAUUGUUUUAAUUGGUAUUUGGGGCUCUAAAUCAGCCUUGUCCCUGUGGUAUUGAGCAUGCCAGGUUUUGAAGGCGAGAGGAUGUGAACCUUAUUUUUCCAAAGCAUUAAGAGAACAGUGCCCUGUGGUGUAGUUACUUGUACCACAUGGAUCCUUAGAAGCUAUUGGAUUUCAGCUCCUGAGAUGUGCUUCCUUUAACAGUUCUUCUUCCAGAUAUCCUGUUGGAAAUGUGCUGUAAUGUUAACCUUUGCAUACUACGAAAAUACUAUUUGGGGUACAACAUUAGGCCUCAUUAUACAAAGCCAUAAUGCACCUCAGAUUCUCUUCUUUGCAGAGAGGAAUUUUCUUGCUUUUAAAAUAUCAGCACUUUUUAUUAGACACACUGCUUUCUCCCCCCCCCUUCCUUUGAGCUGUUUAUUUUUCUUUCUCCAAGGAAUGAGUGGAAGCAGUUUACAUUUGAAAUGAGCACUGUGCAAAGCAGUGAAUCUCUUUUGCAUUUAGGGCAAGAUGGGUUUUUAAUAUCAUGUGCUAGCCUGCUGGGGGCAUUUCUGAAAAAUAUAUUAAACCCCUUCUAUAGCACUUUGAAUUGCACAGUAUACGCUUAAUGGCAAGCUUGAAAGCCAUAUUGCAUGCUAGGUUUCCUUGCUUUAUUAUAGGUGGCACAGGAUGAUUUCCAUCCUGUGUGGUCCUGAACAAAAUAGCAAGUUCAGGCUGUGUAUGGAGGGAGAAAAUGCAAUAGGUAAGUUCUGAGUUACUGGAAGAACAGAACCCUAUUCCCCUUGGUCCAGUAAUUGUUUACACUAAAACACACACAUUUGCUUCUCAAAUUUGAAGUCUGGGAAUUUGCACAUAGCUAAAGGGGGCAGUGGAUGCACUGCUGGAAGACAAGGUCAUAAAAAGAUUGUCAUGGGGAAAACCUUUGUGGUCACUAAGAAUUGAUGGCUUAUUAUCGUAUCAAAAGAAUUAUUGGGUGCAUGAAUUGGGGCGUUUUCACUGCAUGUGAAUCUGUUCUUAUUCUACCCUUAGGGUGACUCCCUGCAUAUCUGACUUUUGUCUAUAUGGAUUGGUAGUUGAUGUAUGUUCAAUGCUUGUGCCCAUGUACUUUAUUCUAAAGAGUGUUCUUGGAACAGGUGCAGCCUUGUGCACCUCUAGCUGGAAGACAUGAAGCCCUUCCCAGUUCUCUUUCCCAUCACCCUUUGUCUCGAGAGAGCAUCUGUAUUCUUUGGGGAAUUGCCACAGAGAAGGAUAUAUCAGAUUUGUAUUCUGUCCACACAAGUGAGAUUAUGACAGGAGCAGCAGGAGCAGCAAUCUAAAUUUUUCUUAGUUUCUUUUGAAAGGUCAUAGACCUUUUUUUUUUUUUGUCUCAAGGUGAGUGAGGAAAAUGUACUCAUCUGGUCUCAAGAGAUCCAAAAGUAAAUACAUUGUAGUAUAAUGAUUCAGUUGAGAACAUUUCCACACUGUUCAUUUGGGAUCCUGCAAGGAGACCAGUGCUGUUAUCUAGUAACCUUCUUUCAAGAUGCUGACCGAAGUGAUUCCAGGGUGAUUGCCUAAUCUGGAUGGAGGUAGGAGAUGAGCUUCAGAACAGAUAGCUUUGGUUUGGCUUAAAGCCUUGAGCUUAUUUUGCUAAUCACAAAGUCACAUUAUCCGCUUCCACCAAAUGGGAAUGAAGUUGUAGUUUGUGGGAUAUACAGAAAGGUCUCUUUCUUACGUGCAAUAAACUUUUUUGUGCAUCUCUGCAUUUUCCUCUCUUUGGUAUGUCUGGUUAUGUAUGAUUUGCUGAACCCGUAGGAGCUUUUUCAAAAGGCAACUGGACUUUGUUUUUCCAUGAAGACAUUUCACUUCUCAACCAAAAAGCUUCUUCAGUUCUGGUUUGUUGAAGUCUCAGCACUUGGAAUUUUGGGAACAUGUUGCAGUUACAACUUUUUUUGCCACCAUUGUUAAGUAAAUCCCUGUAGUUGCUAAGCGAACCAUGUAAUCGUUAAGCAAAUCUGGCUUUUCCCAUUGGCUUUGCUUGCGAGAAGCUGGCUGAUGGAAAAUGGCGAUUAUGUGACCCCAGGACAUUGCAACCAUUGUAAAUGCAUGCUGGUUGCCAACCACCCAAAUUUUGAUCACAUGGCCGUGGGGAUGCUGGGAUGGUCAUAAGUGUGAGGCCUAGUCAUAAGUCACUUUUAUCAGCGCCAUUUUAACUUUGAUCAAUCACUAAAUGAAUGGUUGUAAGUCACGGACUAACUACCAGUUGUAGGUGCGCUUCCAAAUGACAUAUACCAGGGGUGUCAAACUGCAGACCCACAGGCUGGAUGCAUCAUAGCGAAACUGCGCCCACUCCAUUGCCAGCAAUGGCAAAAAAGUUGCGAUACGUCGCGAUGUUGUGAAUUUGAUACCCCUGGCAUAUACAGUCCAUCUUCCCUUCAGCUCUUAAGAGAAGAAAAACAAAUGUACUUUUGUAUAAAUAUUUCUCUGAAAGUUCAAAGGAAGGCACAUCAUUUAGAAGCAUUUCUAGUUACCGCUGAGGAUCAGGACCUGAAGGGCUUAUAAAACUAAUGGAUUGUAUGUUGUCGUCUAAGGCAUGAUGGUGAAUUCAAUUCUCGGUGGAGGGUUUAAAAAUCAGAAUAACAUCUGACUACCCAUAUCUAAAGACUCUCAAUAAAGAUGAAACUGAUCACGUGUCUCGUGGUCGGUAUAAGUGUCAUAGUCAGGGGCAGUUUCUUUUUGAUUUGAGUUGGCAGAUACUCAGCCCCCAAUAAUAUCCUUAUUAGAUAUUAUAUUAGAAUUUGACAUCUGGGCAAAACAACGGUUGAUUUCAAAGCAAUAACAACUCUGCCUUUUCCUCAACAAAGGCAGUCCUUGCUUAAUGGCCAUCUCGUUUAGCAGCUGUUUGCGGUUACAGCGAUGUUGAAAAUGUUUCUACACCCUGCUUAACAUUUGCUCAUUAGAUGUUAUUUUUUUAAAAGAGAGAGAUUAAUCAACUUGUGUAGGUGUAAUAAAGGGACGGAUUGAGAUGAGCUGCUUCCAGUCUCCUAAAACGUGUACAUCUUACAUUGCACUUUGAUGCCACAGGUGAAAUUGGUUUCUUCCAACAUUCAUAGGAACACACACAUCCCAAAUAUGCUAAACCACAAUUUAUUUUUAAUAGUUUGUCAAUUCCUACUUUUACUUCUCACAGAAUCUUUCAAUUUCUAGUCUUCUGUCUACUUGGCUCUCAUUAUUUCCUCCACUAUUACACAUCAAUCUUCGCCUGACCUUUUUUUAUUAAAUUAUUCUCUCCCAAGCCAGUAGAAUGAGAAAAAUCUAAAAUAACCCUUUGGAUAUAUAGUACAUGUAUAUGAAUAUAUUGCUCUUUGUGAAAAGGUAAACAGGGAUAUUCCUGGUUAGCACUUGGAUGGGAGACCACAAGUAGAUUCCCGAACUAUAGACUGGAUAGUUGAAAAAAGUUGAGGUGGUAGUAGCAAAACUAGCCAUACUGUUGUCAAGAAAUUAUAACGUCAAAUAGUACAACUUGAGGGAAACUGCAAGGAUUAACUGCUAUCAGAUCUACCCCUAGAUCAAAACCGCUGCAACUUAAAUCUUGUGAUAAGACACACUAUCCCAGCUUUCUUUAUGGUAGAUAUAAAAUGGAGGCAACUUGGUUACGUUGGUGAGGUGAUCUUUUUAUCUGAACAUCUUUCCCAAAUUAUUAAUAAUGGUUAACAUAUUUUUGCAUUGAAUAGAUUGGGAUGGAAAAUUCUACGGAAUAAACAAUAAUUGCAUUAUAUUACUGCCUGCUUGUUUCAAACAAUGUUUUCCAAACACAGCAAUUUUUAAGGUGUGGACUUCAACUCCCAGAAUUUCCCAGCUAGCAUGAGAAUUCUAGGAUUGGAGGUCCAAACAUCUUAAAGUUGCUAAGUUUGAAAAAACGGUGGCUUAAAAAAUUCAGCAAUUGCACUGAACGCUACAAGCAUACUUUCCAGUGGUGGGAUUCAGCCGGUUCGCACCACUUUGGCAGAACUGGUAGCUAAUUUUUUGUUGCCCAGGCCCAGAAUGGACUUCCAGAAGCGGCAACCACACAGAGAACCGGUUGUUCACAUAUUUGAAUCCCACCAGCAAUCAUUUAUCCUCUGCAGAAACGUCCAGCCUAGUAACUCCUCUUUAGUGCAAUUUUUUUUGUAAGUCUGAGCUCUAUUAGUCCUCUGUGUUCCUACGAAAAGGCAGCUCCUAUUUAUGCUUGGCAGUGGAUAGAAUCUUCAGAUCUCAACAAGAUUAAAUAUUUAUUCAUUUCCAGGCACAGAUCUGUGCUUUGCCAGAUGGCAAAUUAGCACCCUCCAUAGACUUGAAGCUGCACUUUUGCCUAAUAUGGAUGGGAGUAAUUACUUUGUCUCAGAGGCAUACAGUCCAGUAGUUACACUGAACAGGCAGGCCAAAAGCAACCUGUCCCCAUUUUAUACCCCACACAGGCAAAAUAAACGAGCCGAGAACCAGCUGGUCCACCGCUUAGUUCUUAUCUGUGAAAAUAAUGAUUGUGGCGAAGCUUGUAAGCAGUUUAAUGUUCAAAUCCCACGACACAGGUGGUCCUCGACUUACGACUACAAUGCCCUAAAUUUAUGUUGCUAAGUGAGACAGUCGUUAAAUGAAUUUUGUCCCAUUUUAUGACCUUUUAUCACAGUUGUUAAGUGAAUCACUGCAGUUGUUAGUAAUAUGAUUGUUAGGUGUAUCUGACUCCCUUUUGACUGCUUGUUAGAAGGUCACAAAAAGUGAUCACACAACCCCGGGACACUGCAACCGUCAUAAAUAUAUGUCAGUUGCCAAACAUCUGAAUUUUGAUCAUGUGACCAUGAGAACGCCACAACUGUCGUUAAGUGUUGAAAACAGUGAUAAGUCGCUUUUUUUCAAGGCAGUUGUAACUUUGAAGGGUCUCUAAAUGAACUGUUGUAAGUUGAGGACCUCUUGUAAAUAAAAAGUAGUUUGCCCAAUUAGACUGCAAGGUAGUGAAUGAACAACAGCAAUUUGGAUUGUGGCUAACCUCGAUACUAGCUGUGUGGAUUAUAUUUAAGUUGCAAUUUGCUACAUGUAAUCCUCGCUUACCGACUGCCUCAUGCAGUGUCAAAGCUACAAUUAUUUUUUAAAAAAAGCAGCUGACACAAAUUCUGUUGCACAACCAUCAGAGCAUCCCAAUCAUACAAUCACCCAUUUGGGCACUUUGCAACCAGGGCACACUUAUGGCCCCCACCGCAUCCUGCAGUCACAUGACUGCUAUUCACAUGCUUCACAACUGGCUUCUGACAAGCAAAGUAAUGGAGGACACAGAAGUUGCAGUCAUGUGACACCCCUUGUCAUUCACUUAACAACCAAAUAGAAGCAAGCCUGUUGCAGUCGCAUGAUCUUCAACUUAGUGACCAUAUCAUUUAGCGACAGAGUUGAUGGUUGCUUCGUGUUUACUAAACAAAUUACCCAAAUCAUAAUCUUUCAUGGUCUCCUUUCUAACUACGAGCUUCCCCUGUGAAAACUAAGAGAAUAGCAAUAGCACUUAGACUUAUAUACCACUUCAUAGUGCUUUACAACCCUCUCUAACAGGAUUACAGAGUCAAUCUAUUGCCCCCAACAGUCCUCAUUUUACUGACCAUGGAAGGAUGGAAGGCUGAGUCAACCUUGAGCCAGAUAGGAUCGAACUCCUGGCAGUCAGCAGAGUCAGCCUGCAAUACUAUAUCCUAACCACUGCACCACCACCACAGCUAUGGAAUUAGGAGUAAAAAGCAUUUGCCAUACCAAACAAGGAAGAUACAGCUCUGUCAGCUCUUUUCAUUGCUUUUUAAUUUCUAAAAUAAGUAUAAAAUAUAAAAGCCAUUGGAAGAAGACAAAAAGGGACAUUGGUAGAACCAUCAAUUAUGGCACUAGCAAUCAAGUUGAAGGAAAAGCAAACCUGUUGAAGAAAGAUGGUACACAAGUAUAAUUUUGUGAACAUUCCUUAAACUGCAGAUUUUUGGAUAUUCAGCCUACAAUCCCUGUAAUUCUCAGCCAGGAGGUUGAGAAUAUAGGGAGAAACAUUUGGAAAAA